UCGAUCACCCAUCUAUUAUCGAACGUGAUCAGCUGCAGCAGGCAGCAGAAUGUCGCACAUCGCGGUGGAGCGCAACCGGCGGCGGCAGAUGAACGACCACCUCAAGGUGCUCCCGUCCCUGACGCCGGCGCUCUACAUCAAGCGCGGCGACCAGGCCUCCAUCAUCAGCGGCGCCAUCGACUUCAUCCGGGAGCUGCAGCAGGUGCUCGAGUCACUCGAGGCCCGCAAGAGGCGCCGCAGCACCAACACCAGCGGCGGCUUCAGCCCCAGCCCCACGCCCAGCCCGCGCUCCCACCUCGCCCUCUCCUCCUCCUCCUCCGGCUGCGGCGCCGCCACCCCCCCGUCCCCGCCGGUACUGGCGGUCAAGGAGCUCGCCGCCUGCUGCAACUCCCCCGUGGCCGACGUGGAGGCCAGGAUCUCCAGCGCCAACGUCCUGCUGCGCACGCUCUACCUGUCCCGCAACCACAUCUCCGGCGCCAUCCCCGACGCCGUCGCCCGGCUCCAGCGGCUCGUCCGUGUGGACCUCGCUGACAACAGCCUGAGAUCGGCCGCAAAGCCGUAGCCGCUGGGGCCGCGCCCUCCUGCUGGUCGGGCGGCGCAGCGCUGCCGGAGGCAGACGCUCGGGCUCCGGCUCCGGCGACCGGGGCUGCGACUUCCGCGCCGGCGGCAGACGGAGGCGUGGAGAUCUGCCCAAGAUCGGCGGCGGCCAUGGGUAUCGCGCGGGAGGGGCGGCGCCCGCGAGGGGCUCAAGGCCGGCGGCGGGAGAGACGGCAGGCCCCGAGGGGCGGCGCUUCCGGGUCGUCCGCGGCUGCGGCGCCGCGGGGGAGCCGAGCCGUCGUGUUCGUGGGCAAAGGCGCCGGAGGUGGAGGACCAAGCUGACAAGUUCCCCACCUGGCAGUGAGAGAAGCUGUAGCACCCAGUUUUCGGAGAGGGAGAAGAGCGGAGGAGAUUAGGGGCAGUGAGGAUAUUUCGCGCGAGCUUGCUGACAGCGCUAUCGUGUCUGGCCGACGUGGCGGGUCAUAUCAGCCAAAGUGGUAGAAAUGAAAGAGCCGCGAAAUGAAAGAGCCGCGAAACAAGAGUGCUAAAUAUGUAGACGUCAUUUUAAGAGUGAUAAUUGAGCUAGUGUCAUCCGUUAUAAUAGUAAAAAUGUAAAAACCCCCCACCUCGGUAGCGGACAUCUCAUCGGGAACCGGCCAUGGGCGCGUCAUCCUAUGCAGCGCACUCCCACGGUCGAUACCUCCUCGGAGGCGCACGAGCGGCGGGAGCAGGAACCCUCGCCUCCGCCGCGCUCAACGUCAGGUCGUUUGCCCGAUCAGAUCCACCCGCCCACAGAACAGAUCGAAGCCACUGACCUCACCGCCUCGCGUCGCUUCGGCACGCCGAGCUCAAAUCGGACAUCGAAAUCGGUGCCGAUUCCGCCCCGUUAGCUGAUAUGCGGCGGGAGGGUGGUGGCCCUA